UUCGGGCUUUCGGGACAAAAAUCUCAGGCAGAAUUUUAACACAAACCCAAAAAUAAUCCUUUAUAAAACAACUUUUGCAUUGUUUUAUGGGCAGUAAUGGAAACUAAGAAAAGAGCCAAAAAGCUGAUUAAAAAAAUGGGACAUAAAUUUGGCCCGGGACAUGGAGACUUCAAUGAAAUAAUAGAAAAAAUCCCAAUUGAGUAUUUGAAGAACCACAUACUUGAGAAUGUCAGCAAAUACAGGAAGCUUUUCAUUCGAUACUCAUCAGACUCGAGGAUCAGGGAUGUGCAGAAAGAACCACCAGUCAAGAAGAAGAAACAUUCAAAAAAGAAAGCAAUUGCUGAUAAAGCUGUGCAAAUUGGGCUCGCAGAACGAGAUGUUGAGACAGAGAAACAGAAGACGUCCAGGGAGGAGGUGGAGACAGGGUAUUGCUACAAUCUGUACAAGAGCGGAAAGAAAAAUGGAUUAGAUUCAACCCCAAGAAAAUUUUAUGGCCAUCUCCUUCCUAUUCUGUUGCAUAAAGACGAAGAUAUUUGGCGUCAAUUUGUUAAGGUACAGGGUGAGGCAAAGAGCCAGAAGUUUCACCAGCUCGCACAAUACACAGUCGGGGACCAAACUCUGCUCGAGAGUUUGAUGAGAAUAUUCCUUCAGCUCAUUUGUGAUGAUCCCAUCAGUACAGCAGAGUUGUCACACUUCAUGAAUUUGUUCGCAAUAAAGAAGAUGUUUCUGUCUGAGGAAUUGUCGGGCUGCCGGUAUGGCGACCUGAUGGCUGCCAUCGUGGCUGUCUACAUCGAUCAAGUUGCCAUAGAGUCAAGGAAUGUGAUCAAAGUUAAUAAAAUUGGAAAGAAGUUAGCAAAGUUAGUCUUUCUACUUCUUGCUGAAUCACCAAUGGUUAUAAGUGAUUGCCUGUUGCAAUGCGAAAAACUGACAGAAAAGGAUGCAGUCCUGGUGACCCCACUAUUCCGGAGGGCGUUUCAGAUUCUUAAGUCGCAAGCUAAACUGACACCGCCUAUGUAUGCCAGGGCAUUGUGCCUUAAUCAGGAAACCAAGAGGAUAUUCAAAAUGGAGGCAAAUGGAAACACCUUCCAAGCGGACUUCCGUUCCCUACCAAUACCCGAAACAUUCCAAACUUGGUUGAAUAAGAAUGGUAUCAAGGAGUAUUACAUUGAUACAAACCAGCCUGCUGCAUUCAUAGCAAGUCUUAUGGAGGCACUGGUAGGGAAGGAACUGUCAAAAGCACAAGACAAUGAUUCCUCCGAAGAGGAAGUGGACGUGGUGUCUAAAGUAAAGACAAACGAAGCUGAUCAGCUGUUCUUUAUUGACACUGGAGCUGAUACAGCUAGAAAGGAUAUCUUCCCCGACAUGCCCCAAGUGGUGGUGGAAGGAGUCGAGGGAGAGUCAGAUCAAGGUGAUGAUGAUGAUGAUGAGUGGAUUGCAUCUACUUCAGAUGAGGAUGGUGAUGAAGUGAAAGAAUCACACUGUAGCACAAUUGUAGCAGAGACUCUAAAAGCCAUCAGAGAGUUAACGGAAAAGAAACGAACGGCAGCAAACUACAAAGAAAUGCGUGCAACAAGUGCAGAUUUCUUUGAGGAUAGCGAUGUUGAAGUCCUGGAAGUGCGCUCUUUCACUAAAACGUGUAAGGGGCAAGAUUCUGAGAAAAAGAGACGGAAUCCUUUCAAUAGUGACAUUGAAAAAGUUGAAGAACCUACCGCUGAUAAGGAGAGAAGUCUAAAUAGUUGUAUUGAGUUGGAUGUAGUUGAAAAAAGUACUUCCAACAAGGGACAGAGUGGUAGUGAAAGGGAUUUUGGGAUUGAAGUUCCAGCUGAAGAUCUGCCCAAAAAAGGAGAACAUCUGCUGGAAAAGGAAGAGAAGGGGGAGAAGUUGAUCAAAUCUGGUUCAGAGUUGAAAAAAACUAGGUCAUCCAAACGUGGUAAAGGUAUUCUUAAUGCCAGGAAAUCCGAUGAUGAACACGGUUCAGUAAUAAUGAUGAAUCUGGUUGAUAUGUUUGCCCCAGAGGUAACUGGGGAGGAGGACAUCAGUUCUGUUCUGACCCAAGAUUUGAACAUUGUCUCAGACGUUGCUGUUCCUGAUGGCAGGUUAUUACCAAUUGAUACGGACCUUGAUGAGCUGAAUCCUGCUGUCAGUUCAAGGAAGUCUCCAUCAAAGGCUGCCAAGUCCAACUUCAGGAAUGGUAGUUCAAAGCAUUCUCAAGAUAAAGAUGAUGUGGCUCAACCUGCGACCAGCCCUAGCAAAUCUCACAAGAAAUUGAAAGCUGCUGCCGAAAUUGAUGACUGUCAAAUUGUAUCCAGCCCUAAGAAAAGGCGUCUUGAAGGACAGCCAAAGUUUGACUCUCCGAAGAAAGGUGUUGUUGUAAAAGCACCGACCCCAGAGAAGACCAAACAUUCAGAGAAGUUGCAGAAGAAGAGAGUUAAGGAGCUUUUAUCAACUCCUCGGAUGAGAACACGAAGCGAUGAUUGUCAUGGAGUUGCUGCUAGUCCUGUGUCUCCUCAUACGCCUCGUAGAAGAACAAGGAGUGAGAUGGUCCAUACGAGUCCAAGCAGCACUAAGUCGCCAUUGAAAGAGGUUGACCUUGGUUCAGAUUGCAAGGUCUCCAGAAACAAGUUGAAAUUCCAUCUGCCUACAUGUAUGGACAGUGGUAUCAUAAUUGAAGAAGUGGAUGAGCAGUUUCAGCCUCUAGAUGAUGAUGCCUCAAAGAGAGGAACUCAAUCAAAGAAGACUAGAAAUAAAGCUACCAGAGGGAACAAGGUGCCUGGGAGUCCAUACGAAUUCCAUGGCUCAUCAUCUGAAGUUGAAGGUCACGAUACUGUGAUAUGGAGUACAAUGUCCCUCUGCGGCACGCCCAAGUCGAUGACUAAGAUCAAGUCCAAAAAUAUUGUUCACGAAUCAGAAGAUGAGAUUUCAAAGACACCCAAAGUAACUCCUGCUAAAACUUCUUCCAAGGCUACCGGAUCGCCUAAGAAGCAUAAGAAAUCUAGAACACCAGCUGGGACAAGUGUACAAUCGAAGACAGCUUUCAUUGCAGAAACAAAGGCCAUCGAGAAUGAUGGAUCUGUUUAUUCAGAAACACCAACUGGUGUUCCUGAUUCAAGGGCAAAAACUCCAGCUGAAUCAAAAUCAUCCAAGAAAAAGAAAGCCAGGCAAUCAAUUGAUUCCUCAAAAGUUGCAAAAGAGACAAACAGUGGAGAGAAUGACAAAUCUGACAUUCCAUCAGCAUCUUCCCCAAAGGGUAAAUCGGUUCUUCCUGUCACUCCCAAGUCUGUUCGAGGAGCAGGUAAAGAACUUACAGAAACUGUUCCAUCUACCCCCAAGGGUAAAUCAGUUCCUCCUGGCACCCCCAAGUCUGUACGAGGAGCAGGUAAAGAACUUGCAGAAUCUGUUCCAUGUACCCCCAAGGGUAAAUCAAUUCCUCCGGACAGCCCCAAGUCUGUGCGACGAGCUGGUAAAAAACUUGCAGAAACUGUUCCAUCUACCCCCAAGGGUAAAUCUGUUCCUUCUGGCACCCCCAAGUCAGUACGAGGAGCAGGUAAAGAACUUGCAGAAUCUGUUCCAUGUACACCCAAGGGUAAAUCAAUUCCUCCUGGCACCCCCAAGUCUGUGCGACGAGCGGGUAAAGAACUUGCAGAAACUGUUCCAUCUACACCCAAGGGUAAAUCAGUUCCUCCUGGCACCCCCAAAUCUGUACGAGGAGCAGGUAAAGAACUUACAGAAACUGUUCCAUGUACCCCCAAGGGUAAAUCAGUUCCUCCGGACACCCCCAAGUCUGUGCGACGAGCUGGUAAAGAACUAGCAGUGCUGAAACAAUGUGCCAUGACAGACUUCUUUACUGCUUCGCCACUUUCGCCAGAAGAAACUCGCCGCAGGUACUCGUUGAGGCAUAAACCUGAGGAAGAUGAUGCCCAUAGCAGUAUCUUCAACAAGUCGGCCAAUCCAGUUUCUGAUGCUGAUAUAUUUGGCACACCCCAAGCUGCUGUGACCUACAGUGGGAAGAAACGCAGGGUUUCUGAGAUUCCUAGGGCCAGCUCUGAUUUCAACCAGCUUGCUUCUCCUGCUGCCAAGAGACGUUUGUCCAGUAUAAAAAAGAAUCCAGGAAUUCCUUCUAAACUUGGUUACGACUUAAGACACUAAAGAAGAGGCCGUGUGGCAACAAACAAGGAAUCUGUUUUGCGAAAUUGUUAAAGUGUAUCCAGCUAUUGUAGGUUUGCUGGAUUUUUCUGCAUCAACUGUCGAGACCUAGUUGGUCUUUCUAGUUCAUAGGGAAUGUAAUUUGCGGUAAACAUGUUGAUCAGAGCAGUUUUUUAUCCAAUUUUCUGUUGAACUACUUGUAAUAGCUUACAUUUGCAAAACCAUACAAUGGUGACCCAAAUAUUUUGAAAUAUGUCGCAAGAGUACAUGUACUAUCUCAUCUAUACUUUCAGUGGCUUUAUGUUCUGUUCACAUGUAUGAAAGUUAAUUGACAUGCGUUUCCAAAAAUAUAGUUGUGGAACAAAUCGGGAUUUACAGAUUCUUAUUUCAGUUCUGAUGAAACUCCGAUACCAACUCGGGAUGUUGAAAAUACUCCAGUACAACAUGUACUUGUAGACAACUUGUCACAAUUUUUGGUAAUUUUAACAGUAUUUUUGUAACCAAUGUGAUUUGAUGUCAUGGGGUGAUAUGAAUAAAGACUAGCAAAUGCUUUUAUUUCAGUUUUGAACAGAAAUGCCUAGUGUAAAUGUACAUGGAGUUUUAGAUAAAAGCAUUUGCUAGUCGUUAUUCAUAUCACCCAAUGUGCUGUGAUUGUUGUUGAUGAAACUGGUCAUCAUGUUUAAGAAAAACGUGACAUUUUUGUGGAAAGUUUUUUUUUUAGUCGUCAAAUUUGCAUUAGAAUAUGGAAGAAGUUACCAUCAUGACUCAUUGUAAUUUGCAUUUGAAUAAUGUCCUGAGUUUGUCCUUUUGCUUGAUUGUUUUAGUACGAGUAAUUUUGUGUCCAAUCAAACGAGUAAUCAUGAUUGGUUAUGUAAUUGUUAUGAUUUAUAUGGUAUUGUCUUUUUAUAGCCAAGCUGCUCACUUCACACCAGCUUCUUUUCUGCUGAAAUAGCCACGCCUCCCAAUUUAGCGAACCAAUCUGAAGUCGACAACUUUGCAUCUGCAUCCAUGCAUGGUGUUCAUAAGUUUAUUAAGUCUUAACAAUUUUGUGAACGAAACCAUGUUUCUUUUGGCCUGGUCUUCUGGAGAUCACCUGUUGAAGAAUUUUUGCUCAAUAAAGAAUAAAUAAGAAAUUA